ACCAGCUCGACUUCCUCAUCCCCUGAGCAACACGUGCUGUAGUCCCAAUCCCCGAACUCCUGCCGCGCUUGCGCAGCGGCUGGACUACGACUCCCGAGAGGCUCGGGCGAGGCGGGGCGUGGAGUGAGUGCUGCGCAUGCGUCCAUCCGGGGUAGCCGGCCCCUGUCUCUUGUCUCCUCCUGCUGCUGAUGCAAGAGCUGAGCGCGGCGGCGAGGUGGGCAGAGAGGCGAGAGGCGCCUGGGAGACGGAGCGAGGAGUGACUGACUUGGCCGGCGGCGUUGCGGCCACCCAGAGCGGGGACGAGCCCUUCCGAUCUUCUGCCUUGAGGGCCGGCGAGAGCCGCAGCCAUGUCGGGAGACGAGGUGAGGGCCCGGGCGCGCCUAGGCCGCGGGUGACGCGGGGCUGUGGCCGCCGCCGCCAUGUGAGGAGCCAGGCCUGAGGCCUUCCCUCGCCCUGGCCGGAGCCCGGCUGGGGGCUUUCCUGCCCGGCCUGCUUCGUGUCGCGCUGGUUCCUCCGGCUUGAACGGAGGUCGCUCCGUCCUCGCCCGAGUCGCUUUAGGGAGAGGCGCUUGUUGGUCCCUUCCAAUGGGCAGCGAGGUGCUUCCUCUCACUUUCCACGGAUCAGGACAUAAAAGGGAGGCCCGCUGGAUCCAGGCUACAGGCCCGUCCAGUCCAGCAUCCCGUUUCCUUCAGGGGCUAAUUCGAUGCCUAUUCGAGGACACGAGCUCGCUCCCUUCCCUUCCGCCCCUGAGAAAUCAGAGAGCGCUCAGAAUCUCUUCACACGUUACAUCAAACGCGAAUUGGCUCAUGCGUGUACACUUAAUAGAAAGGUGUAGGGUCACUUCAUGUAGCCUUUAAUUUUAUUUUUUUUAAAAGAGAAAAGCCUCUGCCAUAAAACGUAAAGAGUGAGUGCAGCCAUCUUGGUUACAAGCAUGUGUAAAGGUGCUGGAAGCGUUGGGUGUGGGCGCCAGUGAAGUGCACGUUUCACAGCAGGCCUAUGCUCGCCAUCACGUAAUGUGUGGAUUAGAAUACCCUGUGCUUUAUCCCGACUUCUGUGCUGAUGGGGAAGACCCCUGCCUCUUUAAUUGGUGUUAAACCGUUGUAACCACACUUGAUGUGUUUAGGUGUACAGUACAGCCAACACAUCUUGUGCUUUUGUUUAGAGAGUUAGCAGAGCUCUUCUCUCUUUACCCCCACUUCUGUAGGCUGGGCUUUCUCAUCCUUUUGUACUAUGGACAAUUGUGCCUGUGUAAUACUUGCAUGCUGUGUUUGUGCUAGUUUAUUGCUUGAGUCCCAAACAACGUUUUGUGGAAAUUCAGGUUUAGAAUUAAUUGUGAAGCUCAUCAAGUCAAUGACUCUUGGACCUUGUGAAAUAAAUGGACUUGAAAAGAAUUGGCAUACUUAACAGCAUUGAUUUAAGCUUGUAAUCUUGCUUGGAGUAAGGAAGAAUUAAACUCCUCAUUUUAAGUUCUGAUCAAGGCAAGCUGGCUGUCUUGAAUCAAUUUAGGUAUCUAGUCUUUUGUGCAGAAUAAAAUUAUUGAUGGUUUGUUUUUAUUAAGAUUUGUUGAUUAGAUGGUUGAGCUUUUCCACUCCUUUCUAUGGUAGUAGUGGCAUUGUGCAGCUUCUAACCCAGAGAUGUGCUAGGGUUUACACCAGGGGUCAGCAUACUUUUUCAGCAGGGGGCUGGUCCACUGUCCCUCAGACCUUGUGGGGGGCCAGACUAUAUUUUUUGGGAAAAAAUGAACGGAUUCCUAUGCCUCACAAAUAACCCAGAGAUGCAUUUUAAAUAAAAUCACACAUUCUACUCAUGUGAAAACACCAGGCAGGCCCCACAAAUAACCCAGAGAUGCAUUUUAAAUAAAAGGACACAUUCUACUCAUGUAAAAACUCGCUGAUUCCUGGACCGUCCACAGGCCAGAUUGAGAAGGCAAUUGGGCCAGAUCUGGCCCCCGGGCCUUAGUUUGCCUACCCAUGGUUUACACCCGAAAACUGCAGGUGCAGUACAGAAUAGAGCCUUCAGUGGAUUUAUCUCAUAAUUAUUGUUUGUGAACACUUGUUAGCCCAUUUUAAAUGGGUAUCCUUAACUAUAAUGUACUAAGGUGACAUUACCUACAUAAUCUAGAAAUUAAGAACUGUACCUGGCUAUUUAGAAACUUUUCUCCACCCAGAAGAAUUCUCACUUUAGCUUGGAUGAGUCAAGACUAUUUCAGCCCAUCAUUUUUCUGAAUAUUUUAAGGAAUAAUCACUACAGCUGUUUUUAUAAGUUCCUGGGCUAAGUAUGUGAUGCAUGUGCUGAUGUCAUUCAUGGCAUCACUGGGUUGCAAACUAUAAUAUCUGCAUAAUAUAGUUUUAAAAUAUUGCUCAGAAAAAGACCAAAUUCACAGUAAGACCAAUCAAAAUGUCACAAGGGUUAUAUGCAUGUUGGUUUAUUAUCAAUGUAUCUGGCAAAAUGUUGAAAUCAUUUGGAGAGCUAUGAAAUACAUGCAGUUCUUUCUGCAUGAGACUUGCAUGUCUUCCAAUAAUGUAAGAACCAAUCUGUAGCAUCAUAGUGGAUACUAAGGGAAAACACUCAUCCUGCUCUCAUCAUUGCAGUGCAUGCUGGGUGAAGCAGUCCAAAAAUGCAUUUAAUAGGCGAACAAGUUUAUUGUGGAGAGAGAACUAGUCAGAAUGAGACUAUUAGUUUAAUUCUUAAGGCACAGAGAAGAUUCUUGAGAUAUUGCUUUACUGCCAAAGAUAAUAAGAGAAACAUAUCAAAUACUUGGAUCUCUUUUGUCUUUAUAGGUGCAUUGUAUAUAGAUUUGUUUUAUGGGGAACUGAACUGUACAUGCAGGAAACUCUAAUUGGGGGUCUAAAUUCCUAACUAGUUCUGUUUAACCAGCUGACAUGAUGGGACUACCUUGCUUUACUAAUCUCAUAUGUCUGAAAAAUGAUUGAAACCACAACAAGGUUUAUUCUUGUCUUACUGUUUAUGAUUUGUUUAAGUGCUGGCCUCUAGUUUGUUUCCUCCCUGCCUGGCAGGAGCAAACACACAACAAGUGGUAAGUCAGAAAUAAACCAAGGUUUGUUAUUGGUUUAUUUAUGCCUUACUGCUUAUGGUUUGUUUCAAGCAAGUCGUGGUCCUGGUUCAGAUGACAGAGAAGCCAUGCUGUGGCUUGUGGGAGGCAUUUUUAUGUUUAAAACAUGGUUUAAGACAAAUUGCUGGUUAUUGUGAUGUGCAAACCAAACCAAUAUCUGUUAGAGAAAUCUUGAAAUGUCUUUUUUUAAAAUAAAAAUAAAAAACACCUGUUAAACUAAACCUCAAAUUCUGCAAGAUAGUAGAGCAUCUUCACCCCCACCUUGGUUCAAAUUAUGAAACUCCUUGCAGCUCAUGGUGGAAAUCUUAACUUUAAUAGAAUGUUGGUUGCUUAAAUAUAUGUGGUAAGCUAGCUUAAGCUGGAGAACUGUUUUAAAAAUAGUUUUAAAGUUGCAUAAGAAAAUUUGUUUGUUGUAGAUGAUUUUUGAUCCUACUAUGAGCAAGAAGAAGAAGAAGAAAAAGAAGCCCUUUAUGCUUGAUGAAGAAGGAGGAGAUGCUCAGACAGAAGAAAUGCAGUUAUCAGAAACAAAAGAAAUGGAGCCAGAGCCAGUGGAAGACAAAGACACAGAAGCAGAUGAAGAGGACAGUAGGAGAAAAGGUAAACUAAAAUCUUCAUACCUCGGGUUACAGCCGCUUCAGGUUGCGUUUUUCGGGUUACGCACCCCCCGAAACCAGGAAGUACCGGAACGGGUUACUUCCAGGUUUCGGCAGUCUCGCAUGCGCAAAAGUGCUAAAUUGCGCUAUGUGCAGAAGCAUCGAAUCGCAACCCACGUGUGCGCAGACGCGCCGCUGCGGGUUGCGAAUGCUGCAGGUUGUGAACGUGCAUCCCGCAUGGAUCACGUUCGCAACCCGAGCGUCCACUGUAUACGGUAACUAAAUCCAUCUUGUCUUGCAGUAGUUAAAUUUACAUGGGAUAACCCCAUGUUUGCUGCCAUGACUUCCUUGAAUUUAGGAAGCAAAGGUCCUAAUUCUGUUAUUCACAUGCAGAAUUAGGUACACCAAAUCCACUGAAAUCAAUUCAUAGGAUUGCAGCCCUGGGGACCCCCCAUCUGCUACAUAUGACAAACCCAAUGUUGCACAAACAGAUUUCCUGUUCCUCUCCUGCAGCCACCUGCAGCCCUCCAGUCUAUUCUAACCCUCUUGUUUAUGCCAGCCUUCUGCCUUCAUCGGUAAGCAUUUUAAUUCUGUAGCACUUUUAAAGGAUUGGGCUACAAGCUUAUUUUGUGCAUUUCAUAAGAAUCCUGGUUAGAUUGGUAUUUUCCUAUAAUUAACAGGUUAUAAAGCAACCCAGCAGUUUCACUUCCUACCCCCAUUGUUACAGAUAUUAAAGUAAUGGCAUGUAGCAAUAAACCCUACCUUCUGUGGUAUGUCAUGCCAGCUAAAAUGUAGGUUCUAUUUUUUAAAAAAACUGGGAACCAGUUCUUGUUUAUACUUUCAGUAGCACACUUUGAUUUUUUUUAGUCAGAUGCUAUGUCAGUCAUGAAUGGUGAUAGCAUCUUCAAAAGUCACCAUUGAUCAACUUUCUACACAUUGCUAAGGUAUUGCACAAUAUUUUUUCAAACAGACUACUUCGUUCACACAAUCACUUCAUUUCAUGGCAGCUAAGCUAAAGCUGAUUUCCACUAAUCUUGAAAUGUUGCUGCUGGGUGCAGAAAGGUCUGGAGAAUUUUUCCUGAAUUAUUGUUGCUGCAUACUUGAUAUUGAUGAAUAUAUUUCAGUGUUGCAUUUUUGUAAUAUAAUUGCUCUGUAAUGUUGCUUUUGACUUUCAGAUGCAUCAAAUGACUUAGACGAUUUAACAUUCUUCAAUCAAAAGAAGAAGAAGAAGAAAACAAAAAAGAUAUUUGACAUAGACGAAGCUGAAGAGGGUGUAAAGGUCAGUCUUCCAAAAUUACUCAGUUGUGCCCUUUUCCCUUACUGCUCUUGACUAAAUAUUUUAUACAGCAUCAGUCCAGUAGAAGUUUAGUUGGUUAAAUCAUGUAGCUCUAGAUAUAUUUGGUGAUAUCUAAUACUGCUCCAUGAACAGAAGGAGAGUUGAGCUCACAGAAAAAUACCUUUCCUUUUCUUGGUGCAAAAACAUUGGGUACCGCCCAUUGGACUGGUGUGGAUAUAAUAUUAAACCAUAGUUUAGCAUGACAGGAAUGAACCUUCUUUGGCACAGGGGUGAAGAGUAGUAAUGCAAUGAUAUGGCAAGCUGUGGUUAAGCAAAAGCAUCUUAACAGUAUGCUGUGAUUCCCAUCAACUAGUAUUCAGAGGCAUACUGCCUCUGACAGUGGGGUGGAACAUAGCCAUUGUGGCUAGUGGAUAUUGAGAUCCUUAUCCUCCAUUAAUUUGUCUAAUCUUUUGAUGUCAUCCCAGUUGGUUGCCAUCACUGCCACCUUUUAACCUCUCUGCCUUGCUUCUCUUUGCUCUGGCUCCGCAUUUAACUUGCAGAUUUUCAACCAGCCAGCCUUCAACUGUGUUCAGUUUAAAUGCUGCAAGUUAAAUGUGCAUGACAUGUGAUUCUGUUGUACUCUGCUGUUUUCUGCUGCUGUAAUUGCCGUAUGCUUCACUGUUUGUUGUGCAACAUUAGCCUAUCCUAUGUUCCUUCCUAAAUGAUGUCUUGCACCAGCUGGGAUCUGUAGACUAUGUACACUCAAGAGUUACAAACCAGCAGCCACCAGCCACCCUGGUUAUUCUGUUUGAAGGGUAGGCAAUAAAGCACUUUGAUAUAAGUGUAACCUAAUUUUUUUUAAUACAUCCACAGUGUGUGGUAUCCAUUCUAAGAAUCACUUGUACCAAAACACUUAGAUACUUGAGAAAAGGAACUCUAGAAUCAAAUUUUCAAUAGAUAACGGUAGCUCAGUUUUCAUGAAGAGCAUGUUGCAUAUUUUAGAACUCUGCCGUAUUCUGGUUUGCAUCCAGUGAUGCCAUGCUACUGAUGGAAGACUUCUGCCAGUGGAAUGGGAAGGGAAGCCAUUUGGGGUGAUAUUUCCCUCCCCUUUAAAUCUGCUUUAGAGAGGAUACCUCAACCCUAUGGAGUAGAAUUGGGCUGAAGGGAAGAAAAUCACAGAAAAUGUUGGCCUUCCUCUUUGGCCUAUGAAGCCUCUCAGUGGAGUGGCACUUUUGGAUAUAGCCUUUUAAUUUUGCUGUUCCUUUGUAUAAAUGCCUGCUAUUUUAUGUCUCUUCCACAUUAUGUUAAAGGACCUGAAAAUUGAGGGGGAUGUUCAAGAGGUAGCAGUAGAACAAGCAGAAGAUGACCUUGAUAUCAUGCUUGGAAAGAAGAAGAAGAAGAAGACUGUGAAGUUUCCAGAUGAGGAUGACAUAUUGGAUAAAGAUGAAGGUGAUUUUCUUUUCUUUUUUGUGUGUGUGUUUGCUAUGAGUGAAAGAAUAAUGUUAAAUGUUGGAACAAAGCAUACUCACACCUGGUAGAGUGGAAGAAAAGCUGUCUUUCAUAACAUUUACUUCCACAGUAGCUCCAACUUCACCAUACAGUUCAGCAUUUAUGGAUGUAGCCACCUUUCCUUCUGUGUUGUUUUCUUUCUAUGUCUUUCCCUCCCUCUCUUCCUCUCUUCCUGCUUUCUCAGAAUUCCAAUGGGGUCCCGUGAAGGGAGGGGGAACUCUUUUGAAACUCUCAAUAGGAUCUCACUUUCAGUUGUCAAUCAAAACCAGGGAUCAGCAACCCGCGGAGGUCGCUUGACCAGCCUAUGAGCCUCCCCAGAACCGAGCCGUGCGCUGCGCUAAACCAGCGCAGCACGGCAUGGGAACUCACUUCCACAGCGCCGGAAAUUGUGUCUGCGCAUGCGCAGAUGCUCAAAAUCGCAGGCGCACGUGCUCACACGCAAUCCGGCCCACGCAGGGGUCUCCACAGGACCGAUCUGGCCCAGGCAAGAUAAACCUUGCUGACCCCUGAUCAAAACAAUGGGAGGUAAUUUCUUCAAAGCUAGUAUAGGCAGCAACUGAUUUGCUGCAGGGGUUACUUUCCAGACCCCUGCAUGUGUUGUUGGGACCCAUGUAAGGCUGCCCCACACCACCCCUUUUUGUGCUGUUUUUGGGGCACUUCUGGGUUCAGAGCAAUGUGCUGUUGCACGCAUAGUAGACACGCCUAAAGCAGUCGUUGCCUGUAUCUAAAAUAACCAUAAACUUAAGCCUUAAUACAAAUUUCUCCAGGAAACCCUGGGACUCUUUGUGUAUACUGAGAACUGUUUUUGAGACGCCGAGGCUACUUUGAACUAAAAUUCCCAGAGUUUCUUGAGAAAAGCUGACAAUAUUGCGUCUUCCUUCCUCUAUCCUCUUUUGUUUGUGGAUUUAGGUUGCAUGCACAUCUGCUCUCAUGGCUUCUCUCUUCAAACCAUGAGUUGUAACAAAGCAACAAGGUUUGUGUUCUUGGCUUUAUGCACAUGAUUUGUUUAGGGCAGGCAUGGCCAAACUCGGCCCUCCAGGUGUUUUGGGACUAUAGUUCCCAUCAUCAUUCCCAUCAUCAUGACCACUGGUACUGUUAGCUAGAGAUGAUGGGAGUUGUAGUCCCAAAACAUCUGGAGGGCUAUGUUUGGCCAUGCCUGGUUUAGGGGGAACAAACCAUGAUGCUAAUUUGCACAAACUACUAAGCCAAACCAUGGCUUAGUUCCUGGUAGUGCGGCAGCAGCAGGGCCAGAGGAAGGAGCAAAGCAGCCACAGAUUUCUAAAUAAACACCAGCAUGCUUGUUCAUUCAUGAUAAGCCAUAGUUGUCCAUAAAUCAUGUGAGUGCCAUUUUUAUUUGAUUUAGCAAAUCUGAAUAUUUUCAUCCCCCCCCCCCCCGUAAAACUAAUUGCUAUUCACAUAUGGAAGACAGGAGUGCCUGGCGUGCUCUGCUCCAUGGGGUCACGAAGAGUCGGACACGACUAAAGGACUAAACAACAAUACAACAUUCACAUAUACCAAACACUUCCAUGGGAAGACAAGGGAGAGCUGUGUUUCCCUUCCAGAAGGAUCCGGUGUCACUUUAGAUGAUCCCUUAACUUUCAAGACUAGUUUCUGCCUGUUGUUAGUUGGUUGAAAGUUUUCUUUUGUAUCCCAUGUUUGUAAAAGUAAGUGACACUUUGUCCAAGACCAACUGGAAGACUGUUCCUUCGAUCUCAAGUAUAUUUCUUACUCUACAGCAUUGGAGGAUGAAGACAGCAAAAAAGAUGAUGGAAUCUCCUUUAGCUCUCAGUCAGGACCUGCAUGGGCAGGCUCAGAGAGGGACUACACAUAUGAUGAGGUAAAUAGUUUAUAUGCCUCUUACUAAUCUGUUUCUGUUGAUAGCUUGUUUGGGGGGCAUGUGAACAAAUAUAGCCUAAAAUUGCUUUCGAUUUAUAUAAGGCUUGGUGCAUUUUGUUAAACUUGGGCUGUUGUUGCAUGAACAAAGGAGAAUGAAUUAUUUCUGUAGGGCUUUAAUCAGGAGGUCAUGAAGUACAUUCACAUACACUUCAGUGAGAGUUCUUAACGCUGUCUUUCUGGCCAGGAAGAUUAUGUUCAUCGAAGUCACAUGCUUCCUGUGGCACAAGCAGUUGCCCUGUGACAGAAAGAUAUGUUUUGGAAACAGAAGAGUGGGCUCUACUCCUGUACACUUAAUUCAAAAAGGUCAAGAAUAAGGUUAUUUCUCAUGUUUAAAGCAACAUGCAUGCCUGUCAGCACAGCUCUGAAUGAAAUAUAGGGGCUGAGGCAUAGAGGACUGAAUAUGGUGUUAAACUAAAGUAACAAUUGAUGUGAAUAGGGCCUGUUCAGCCCUUCCCUAAGGCGAAGAGCAUUCCUUGUUCAGCCCUAACUCCUGCCCAGAAACACGUGCACUUGCUAUCAGUAAAUAGAAAUAAAAUAACUUACUGCAAUCUGUGGUUCUGAAAAUGCAGAGUGGGACUUGCUGAGGAAGCAGUAGCAGUGAUGCAAGAUGUUUGAAAUGCAUCUCCUAAUUCUUGAUGUCUUCAGAUUUGCCCAGCAGGGAGAGCUUACACCAACCUCUUGGAGUAUAGUUGGGAACUACUGCUUUUUGUGGCCUUUAGUUAUGAUUUCUAGCCCUACUUCUUCCCUUGCUACACUUUACAAAGCAAAAGGAAGCAAUAUGACAUAAAUUGUUGUUGUUUCAUUGGAGACAUUAUUACUUUUUUCUCUGAGGAGCUAAAACAAAGAGUCUGGUCACUGCUAUUAAAAGCUUGGUUCCAUGUGUUUAACAUGCAGAGGACAUAACAGCCACUGGUUCUGCCACUGACCCCUCUGUACCAGUGUUAGAAACCGAGAUAUGAAAGCAAGGAGCUAAAUGGAACCUUAAACCUAGGUUAUGGGCCCAACAAUGGAAUGUAUAGGUCAGGGGUCAGCAAACUUAUUCAGCAGGGGGCCAGUCCACUGUCCCUCAGACCAUGUGGAGGGCCGGACUAUAUUUUGGAAAAAAAAAAAUAAUGAACCAAUUCCUAUGCUCUACAAAUAACCCAGAGAUGCAUUUUAAAUAAAAGCACACAUUUUACUCAUGUAAAAACAUGCUGAUUCCCAGACCAUCACAGGCUAGAUUUAGAAGGCGUUUGGGCUGGAUCCGGCCCCCAGGCCUUAGUUUGCCUACUCAUGGUCUAGGUGCACUUUUUUAAGUACAAGAAUACAAAGCUGAAAAUGAAUGAACGGCAGCUAAAAUACUGUGUUCAUUUUUCACAUGGUCUAGUCCUUCCCUUGCCCACCCCCCUAAAAUUCUUAAGAGGGCCUCUUCUCUAGGCUUCAGAGAGUAGCUGGAAGUGGGGAGGCAGAAAAAGGUCCUCCUUUUCUUCCACUCUGCUGUUUUAAUCUGAAAUCCUAGGCGCAGUACUGCAUCCAGAGCUCAGAAACUGCUCGCACUAAUGAAAUUCCCUGUCACAAAAUAUGCCUAAAAAUGGGAGUUUUGGACUUCUCUGUACACUUAAUGGCGUGUGAGAAUAGGCUCUCUGUGUUUACAGCUGUAGACAUGAUUGAAAGCCCCAGUGCAACUCUGCUGUCCUCUGUGUGGUUUGGUGGGAUGCACCAGAGCAUGAGAGAAGGGCUGUUCUAAAACACGUCACAGAAGAUCAAAAUCCCCCAUCCUCACCACCCCCAAAGCCAAACUUAAUAUGUUGACAUGAUCACUGGAAAACCCUUGCUUUUUUGAUAACAGUAAAGUGAGAGAUGGUUCAUGACUGAAGUUAUAAAUAUUCCCUCCCCCCCCCAUGUGUUUACAGUUGCUGAAUCGUGUUUUCAACAUUAUGCGAGAAAAAAAUCCAGAUAUGGUAGCUGGUGAAAAACGAAAAUUUGUCAUGAAGCCUCCACAAGUUGUAAGAGUAGGAACCAAGAAAACAUCAUUUGUCAACUUCACAGAUAUCUGUAAACUGUAAGUCUGUCUGUAUUGCAACUUGGAGCAGGGUGCAGCAUUGGGUGGAGGGGAACCAUGAUCCUUACGUUGUAUGCUGUAUAGUUAUUUAAUUGCAUGGACUGGAGGGAACUCAGUUGCAAGCAAUUGAGUAGCCCUACUGAAGAAUUAAUGGCUCGAGUAUAGAACCAUCUUCACUUCAAAGAUGUUAGCUUUGUCAGACAUCGAAGACAGUUGAAGAACUGAACUUAAUGCAUCACCACUAAAGGUUAUUACACGGAAGGAGUCUUCACUUGGGUGUGUGGUGAGAGUUUGGGAUAGCUCCGCAGAAGCACAAUGGUGUUUAACAAAACAAAAGGCCAGCUAAUUUCUUGUGAAUUAAACCAGCCCUUUCAUACUCUUAGGGAUACUGGAUGUCUCUGCCAGCCUCCCACUCAAAACCAUCUUUGUGUGUUUGUGUUAAAUUCUAAUUCAGUGAGUCUUCACUGAAAGCAUUCUCUUUCAGAAACCAACCAAUAGUGUCUGUGUUGCACUGGAAUACUAAUGUCAGAUCAGUUUUCUGUGUUAUUUAAGUCUCUUACUGCUGAAAUAGAAGCAAUCUGGUGUUUACUUUGAAGAUUUAUAUCUUGCUAAUCUCUCCUUCCCUAUUUUUUUCUUGACUGAUGCUUUGCUCUCUUCAAAGAGGUCCCCGUCAGGCAGAUUUUGCUGAAAAUUUUAUAUCCUGACCUUUGUGUGUGCGCGCCCGGUAUUACUUUCAUAUUACAUCCCUACAUUGAGGAACAUCAACAUUGACCCUGUGGACACACAUGUACCUGUCAAGGCCUUUCCUGGUGCCCACAAGGUCCCUUCCACUGUCAGUAGAACACUUCAUGAUGUGUACUUGGUUGCAGUGUGAGUGCCCACGGUAAUUUCUCCUGUUUGCAGAUGUGCCCUUAGAGACCCUAGGUAAUACUAUGUUCUAGGUCAGAUGAUGAUGUGUGGAAGAAAUUACUGAGCACUUAAUCACUGCAUUGAGAUGGGCUAUUUGCUUAGUACUAAGUGCCCUAAAUAUAUAGUUUGUGAUCAUAAAAUAAUAAUAAUAAUAAUAAUAAUAAUAAUAUAUUAUUUCUACCCCCGCUCAUCUGGCUGGGUUUCCCCAGCCACUCUGGGUGGCUUCCAACAGAAGGUUAAAAAUACAUUAAAACAUCAGUCAUUAAAAACUUCCCUAAACAAGAUUGCCUUCAGUAAACUUCUUUCUUUAUAGAUUACAUCGUCAACCAAAGCACCUCUUGGCUUUCUUGCUUGCAGAAUUGGGUACAAGGUAAGCACCUUCCACUUCUGCAGUGUGUACUCCAGUGUUUCCUGAAUGCAGGUGUUAGCUGUCUUCUCUGGGUAAACUAUUUUUAAAUUUGUUCUCUCUCUUCUGGAAGUUAAGUAAACUUGCUAUUAAAGGUGUUGCUUUUGCGUAUUUAGAUUUGAAAUUCAUGUAUCUUAAAGUGGGAGGAAAGGUAGGAGUUGUUUGCAAGAAGACCAUAUUUUCCCUUGGGGCAGCUGCUAGUACCAUUCAUGAGCUUGAAGGUUUCUUGCAGCAGAUAUUUCUUAAAGGUGCAGAUGCAUACUACUGCUUCUAAAUGCUAGUAAUUAAGCUUAUGGGGGGGGCGGGGAGAAACAAGUACUUUGCAAGGCAACCAGUUCUGCAUCCUUUCCCAAGGUUCAGGUUCUUAUACUUAAAAGGUAAUUUGGGAGUAAAAAGGGGGGGGGGAUGUUUGACUCGCAGCAUCCACUCAGAGACAUGUAUGCACACAGGGGGAGGGGCACAGAUUUCUUCCUCCCCCUCAGCUGUAGUCCUUCACACUAGCCCUGGUUCCUAAUUUUCAGAAGGAGAGCAAGCAAGCCUAUUUGGCGAGAGGAAGUAACCUCAGGCUAUUUGGAAUCCAGGCUUGAUCAAGGUUUUUUUUCAUUUUCUUUGCGGUGUCUCUUUCUUAAGCAUAGGGCAAGUCUUAAGUGGGCGGCUUAUGAUUAGCUUGUUGGCCGAUGUACCACUUUAACUCUUCUUGCUUGCAGAUUGGGAUUAGAUGUGGUGAACAGAACUUUGAAGGGUAUCCCUGGCAAUUAUGUAUUACUUGAGCUUUCUUAUUUUUUUAUUAUUUAGUGAAUUUAUAUACCGCCCCAUGCCUGGAGGUCUCAGGGCGGUUCACAGAAUAAAAUCAAAAUAUAAAACCACAACGUACAUAAUCAAAAUAAAAACAAUCCAGUAACUCCCUCGCCCUCCCAAUCCACAUUUUAAAAGGGCAUAGGCACUCCGGACCACUGAGGCCACCUGAGCCUUGAGCGACAGCAAAGGAUCCAGGAGUGCCCCCAAGCUACAAACCUGUCCUUCAGAGGAAGUGUAACCCCAUCAAGAAUAGGCAGUUUCCCACCCAUCUGGUCUAGGGAACCACCCAUUAACAAUGCCUCAGUCUUAUCUGGAUUGAGUUUCAGUUCGUUGGCUCUCAUCCAGUCCAUUACCAAGGCAAGAUACUGGUCCAGCACUUCCACUGCUGAACCUGCAGGUGUAAAGGAGAAAUAGAGCUGAAUGUCAUCAGCAUACUGCUGACAAUGUACUCCAAACCUCCAGAUAACCCCACCCAGCUGUUUCUUGACCAAAGGAGCUGAAAAAACAUAUAAGAGAGCAGGCAAGAUGGGAGUCCUUGCUCUAGUUUGAAUUUGUCUUCAUGUACUUUUUCAAAAAACGCUUAAAAGUGCAACCAGUGGGAAUGUAAAUCAAUGGUACAUGAAGCUUCAGAUGAUAUUUCAGUUCUGAUUUGGCAUGGAUGGUGGUUUGAGGGGUCUGUUUUUAAGCAGGUUGACCUUUGCUGCAGCUUGAGAGGUAUAGAGCAUUUAAUCUAAACCUGCUUCAGGUUGAGCGUUUUCAGGUUGCGUCCCGCAGCAACCCGGAAGUACUGGAAAGGGUUACUUAUGGGUUUCACCGCUCGCGCAUGCGCAGACGUGCAAAAUGAUGACACGCAUGUGCAGAAGCGGGGAAUCACUGCACGUGCAGAUGUGGGUUGCAUUCCUUUCAGGUUGCAAAAGGGCCUCCAGAACGGAUGCCAUUCGCAACCAGAGGUACCACUGUAUUGCACUAAAUAAGACCUGGUGUUUUUUUUAAAAGUAAGAUCUCUUCUCUUUUUCCAGCUACACUAAACUCUUAGAGUUUUAUGCGCAACUCACACUUCUCUCCCUGGUGACUUCUCAGUGUUAACUUGAAAAUGACCUGUUCUCUCUACUCUUUUUUGUUCUGUGUUUCUUUGUCUAUCAUCUUCUGCUUAUUUCUCUUGGAGAAAGAGAAAAAAAAGGAGUAAAUGGCAAUAGAAGAAAAGAUGCACAUAAAACUGCUCACCUUCCAUUCUUUCAUCCUAGUCUUCUCUCUCAGCUAGCUUCAACUUCUACUUUGUUAGUCUGUGCUUUUCUUCUCUCUCUCUCUCUCUCUCUCUCUCUCUCUCUCUCUCUCUCUCGCCAUACCAGCUAAGUAAAAACAAUUUGCAGCAGGAAGGAAAGGAGAGGAGAAAAAGGAAAGUGUUAACUCUUCCCCUUAAACCACAUACUUCCACCAUCCACCAUCCCAACCCUCUGCUGUUUCUUUCUCAACAAUCUCAUGAUGUUCUGUAGCUACUCAGCAGGCACAGUAAAGCUGUGGUGGGAUUCCCCCACCUCCAUCUUAUGUUGGCAUUAUUUUUAUUAAGAGAAUUUACAAAUUUUGUAUACCUUCCCUGAGCACAUUGAUAUGUCCCUUUUGAUGCUGCAUAGCCUGGUUUUGGCUGCUGUCAGCACUCUGGGAAUGAGUUCAGCUUUAGCAGAAGUGAUGAAGUUUGUUGCCUCCAUACAAAUGGAGGUAUCCCCAGCAAUUUUAGUUUGUAUACGCUUUAAUUAGUAUUAGAGAAGCUUGCAGCCAAAGAAACAUGUUCUGUUUGAUAGUGUUAUUUAGUUCUAAACUAUAAAAUUCUUCUUUCAAAUCAGUGGCUCUAUAGAUGGUAACAACCAGCUUGUAAUCAAAGGAAGAUUCCAACAAAAACAGAUAGAAAACGUCUUGAGAAGAUAUAUCAGUAAGUAUAUUCUGCUUCAUUUAAAGUUGAUUUCUGUGUUGUGUUAGCACUUAACAUGAAAGAGGUAAGUUGAUAACUUCAUGAGAAAGUUUCAAAUAUUGUCUAAAAUGUGCACAUUUUUAACUAAAAUAUUUACGCCACCUUUAUGUGGAUAAUCAUCAUGAAAAAUAAUAAAUCAUACAACUUUCAAAAGAGGACAAACCAUAGCAGAUCCAUCAUCAUAAGUAGCAAUACAACCAACUUGCAAUUGUCAUUUCUUCUGAAACCAUCGUAUUUUCACUGGUUGGCAUAUGACAAGUAGUGUUUGGACGAGGUGGACACUGAGAAGGGCGUUAUUUGAAUGCAACAUGAGGCUCAGAUCAAAAUCUCUUUACAUUGCAUCAAUCUGAAUGCUUGAGUAGCAUGGGAAAAGGGGUCCUGUCUGGAAUAUCUUGGCUCUAGAUGGUUUCUGAAGCAAUUCAGCUGAAAUGUAGAAUGAAUAACCCUUCUUGUGAACUUAAGGAGUUUUGAAUAUCACACAUACAAAACGUGUGUAUUCAACUGCAGACUUUUUGCUAGCUUACAAUAGAACUAGCUCAGUAACAGAAAUAGAAGUUUUGGAUGUGGAAGAUCCUGCUCAGUCUCCGGCAUCAGUCUGCUCAGUCUCCGGCAUCCACAGUUAACUGGACUGGGGGAGCAGGUGAUGGGCAAAACCUCUGCCUGAGAUUCUGGAAAGCCACUGAUAGUCCAAUAGGUAGUACUGGGCUACUUUGCUAGCCAGUAUAAGGCUAGCAACAUAUUAAACGUUUUCAAGGUGAUCAUUUCGAGUUUCGGCAGCAGGAGCAAUUUCUGAAUUGUCAGAGAAAAAAGUGUUUCUCUUUUCUUUGGCAGUUCAGAGUUCCAUUGAUAAAAACUUGACUAACCUAUCUGCACAGAGCCCUGUGAGCUGCUUUCCAGACCUACCACUCAAACCAUCCUGUGGCACAUAGGUUAAAUGUGAGUGGGCAAGCAGAUAGAACUUUUCGUGGAGUGUUGAUUCUUUAGUACUUUCAUCCUAAGGCAGAACUGCAUACCAGGAACAUGUAUUAAUGAGCUAGCGUGCAGUACUGCUCAUUUGAGAAGAGGUAAUUAACUCUUAAAACAAGUUUAUGGGGCAAAUAGAGAGCUGCUAUUAACUUUAGUCUUCGCAAAAUAAUUUGUUUAUUUCUUUGUAGUAGUACCAUUGGUGCUUGAAGACAAUUGGUGUUGUGACCUAGGCAGUUUGAAAAUUAUGUUGCCGUGACACAAUUAAAUUAACUAAUCAUCCUAUACAGUUCAGCAUGUGAAAUUUUGGUUAAUCUCUCGUUGCUAAUUCAGCAUGUUUAAUUGUUCCCCCAGAGGAAUAUGUCACCUGUCACACAUGUCGGUCGCCAGACACAAUCUUGCAGAAGGACACCAGAUUAUAUUUUUUGCAGUGCGAGACCUGCCACUCGCGCUGCUCUGUCGCCAGCAUCAAAACUGGUUUCCAGGCUGUCACGGGCAAGAGAGCGCAGCUCCGUGCCAAAGCUAACUAGUUGGUUGGUCGACACUGGAUUUUUGCAAAGUGAUCUGGGCACAAAAGGCUGGACAGGCUUACGACCUGAGUGGAUUUCCAAUGUAUUAAAACAAGAUUGUAAAAGCUGCUUGGCUUUGGGUUGGUCUGUGAAUUUCUUGCAAGAUGCAGAUCCUCAAGCUGUUGACAUUUGCUAACUGAAUAUUUUACCAACUGUCAAGUGUGAUGAGAGGAGGUGCUUUUUAAUCUGUUCAUAGAAUUCUGUAAAAUGCAAGACAAAUUAAAGUUAUUAUAACAGUGACUCAUUUCAAGCUUUCUUUCUGUUUCUCUGUUAAAAUGACUGCUAUGGCGACAAUAAUACUGUGAAUACAUGCGAGUGUUGUGGCUGAUUCCAAAUAAUCAAAUGUGUUCUAAAAAAAAAAUGUUUCUUGGAACAAGUAUUAUAGUAGCAAGUGAGAAAAGGUAAUGAAUGAAAUUCAUAAAAAUAUUCUGUCAUUAAAAAUAGAUUCUUUCAGAUGAAUGACUCCAUGGAUAUAAAAAAAUUCUAGUUACAUGGAGCAAGCCCACAGGUAUUUAUGAUUAAAUCUGGAUUGAUUAGGGUUGGGUUUCCUGUCCAUGCUUGGGCUCAGUUUCAUCUGUAUGCUAAUAUAGAUGAGUUCAGGGCACCUUACUAAUGCAUAAGGUUUGGGAAACAUGUCAGGGUACAUGCACAUUAUCACUGCCAAGUGCUAGCUUCUAAAUGUGUGCUAGAGCAAUAUCUUCAAAAUAAAUGGUAAGGCUGUACCAAGUGUUCUGCACACAAUUUCAACGAAAGCGUCCACUUAAUAAUGGAAGCCAAGAAGAUAAUACACCUAUUAAACCUUAAUUGAUCCUGUUUCUUUCCUUUCCCCUUUGUUGAUGGAUCUUAACCAUAACUUUUGCUACCAGCUGCCAAAUCAGUGAAUUCCAGGAUGACGACCAGCAACAGAACUUGCUGACUAGUAACUUGAUUUUUCUUUAGUUUUAUUAUAUACAGCAGAAUAAAGCACAGCUUUGUACAAGCUACUAUAUACACAGAGACGAGAUUCAAAUUCCUAUUCCAAACUCAACACUCCAACAACAAACUGCUGUGUCAUACUACUUAUAAGGGAGAACUUAGCCAAUCACCACCUGUUGCUAGGCUUCCUGCAAGUUACUUGGUGUAAUUUCCUCCCAUUCCUAAUAGUGUGUUAAAAGAAUUGAGUACUGUUACAAAAACCAAACUGCCCAUUAGCUUUGUGUGUUUAUACCACAGUCUGUAUUUGUUUUAUCAGUUUGAAUGUGCUAAAAAAACCUCCAUGAUUCUUUGAGAGUAUUAAUAAGUGUGUGGAUAAGAAUGAUCCGGUAGACUGUGUACCAGUCCAAGACCUUCACAAAGAUGCCUGACAGCACAAACUUACACAUGCUUAUUCCAAACCAACUCUAGUUGAAUUCAGUGGGACUUAUUCCCAGGUAAGUGUAAACUUGUAGUCAUGCAGUAAGGGGUGCAUUGUCUUACGGAUCAGUAACUGGUAGAAUAGGAAGCAGGGAGUGAGAAUAUAUAGUUCCUCAAGAAUAUGUAUCGGUACUGGUGCUUUUUAAACUUUUCUCAAAAAGAACCUGGAGUUAGGGGUGAGCAGUGAGGUUACAAGUUUGCUCAUGAUUCUAAAUUAUUGAGCAGGGUCAAAACAGAAGAGCAUCAAAAAGGGUAUCUCCAAACUAUUUGUUAAAAUGGCAAAUGUGGUUCAGUCUAUAACUAAAGUGGUGUGCAUUGGGGCAAAAUAAUUCAGUCUUCAUAUGCCUGUGAUGUGGUCUGAGUUUUUAGGGAGCAGAUAUUGGAUUGGGAUUAUGGGAUCAUUGUGGAUGGUUCAGUGAAAACUGGCAACUGAAAAGUUCAUUAGAAGAGGGGACUGAAAAUAAACUACCGAUAUUACAAUGCCUUUAUACAGAUCUGUGAUGUGACCAUGCUUGGAAAUGCUGUGCAAGUUGUGGUCACUGUGUCUCAAAGGAAGUUGUAGUGCUUGGAAAUGUGAAGAACGGCAACCCAAAUUGAGCUUGCCAAGUGAAGGGUACAGUCUUCAGGGCGUUAAAAAAGGUAAGAGAUAUGAUAGAAUAAUAUGGAUAGAAAAGUUUUCUCUCACAUAAUACUAAGCUGGAGCGUAUCGAUAAAGCUUGAAGAUUGUUCUGAAUCCCCAAACAAAAGUAAUGCCCGGGACAUGAACAAGGGAUGGAAUUGUAGAGUUGGAAGGGAUCCACCCACAUGGUCAUCUCGUCCCACCCCCUGCAAUGUGUCUCCCAAGUGCUGGACCACAGCUUCCCUCAUCCCUGAAUGGCUGGCUCUGAAGGGAGUUGGGGCCCAACAUCACCUGAAGGUUCAUAGGCUCCUCACCCCUUGAAUAAAUGUCGGAAAUCUGUAAAUCGUGCUGGUGACUAAAAGGUGGUUAAGUAACUUAGUAGUAGUUAAGGCUUUUGCAAUGGCUACUGGUCAUGAUGGCUGCGUGACACCAUGCAUUUGAACAGCAGUUGCUUGGGAACAGCAACAGGUGAAGGCUAUUGGCCUCUUGACCAGCCAGUGGACUUCCCAAGAGGCAUCUGUUUAGCAGUGUGAGAAGCAGGACAGUAGAUUAGACAGGCUGUUCUGAACUAGCAGGACUGCUCUUACAUGGAUUCUAAAGUUUUAGUAUUUUACAAAUAACGGUUCAAGCAAUUUAAAUGUUCAGGGACAUUGGGGAAAGAGUCGCUCUUCAUUACACUACAGGGCCUUGCUGUGCAACUGACAAUUUUAAUCCACAGUAAAGGGAAGAGGAUAAUGUGCUUUGCGGGCAUUUGUGUUGAGUCCUAUACUUUGAAGGAGUAGCAUGUAUCCAUAGUAUUAGCCAUAGCAGCUGGGGCCGACUGUUUUUGCAGACCCCUCCAAUGUUUUAACGUUUGAACACAUUCUGUUUUUGAAUUUUAAUUUGUAUGUGUACCAUCGCACAGCUCAGUUUUGCUACCGAAUCAUUUUUAUUUUCUCUCCAAAGACUUGAGAACAGUAAAGUCUAAAGUCAUGUUUUGUUUUGUAAAAAAGAAAAGAAAAUGUUUUAAAAUAGCAUCAGAACUGUAAUGAAUGAUAGAUUAAGGUUACCAGAUUUUUUCCAGUGAAUCCGGGGACACUUUUCAACAUCAAUGGAUUUUGUAUGGGGGCUGGUUUGUAAAUCCGGGGACGUCUGGUAACCUUAUGAUAGAUGUAUCUUCAAAAGUUAAUAAAGCCAAGAUCAGUGCCUCUUGUGU